CGGAGGCGGCGGCGGCGGCGGUGAGGCUGAGCCAGGUGUCUCGCGGGCGGCCCUGCAGUUCACCUUCUCCAGAACCCCGCGCUGGUUGGAAACAGCAGGAGCCAGAAGAGGAGGCAGAUCAGCCUGCCCUUGGUUGCACAGAAGUGGUGUGCUGAUUUCGUACUACUUGACACCAGAGCUACUCCCAGCCAUCUGUGACUCGAGCUGCCUAAAGCAGUGGUACAGGGAGAGGAGGAGGAGGAGGAGGAGGCGGCAGCUUUAGUAGCCGAUGAUAACCCUGCCCUCAGUGGGUUUGUAUUACCGGAGCAUGCACUGAUUUGCUGCCUUGUCUUUAGACCCAUCCCAAUCACCGGGGUUUGUGCGGGUGUGUGGUGCAUGGUCAGGAGGGGGGGGGGGAGAUCCACUGUCUCCGUAAUAAAUGAUAGAGGAUACAAUGACUUUGCUCUCUCUGCUGGGUCGGAUCAUGCGUUACUUCUUGCUGAGACCAGAGACCCUCUUCCUGCUAUGUAUCAGCCUGGCACUGUGGAGCUACUUCUUCCAUACGGAUGAAGUGAAAACCAUCGUCAAGUCCAGCAGGGACGCCGUGAAGAUGGUGAAGGGCAAAGUGGCAGAGAUCAUGCAGAAUGACCGGCUCGGCGGAUUGGAUGUGCUUGAUGCUGAGUUCUCCAAGACCUGGGAGUUUAAGAACCACAACGUGGCCGUUUACUCCAUCCAAGGCCGGAGAGACCACAUGGAGGACAGGUUCGAAGUCAUCACUGACCUGGUGAACAAGACCCAUCCUUCCAUAUUUGGGAUAUUUGAUGGGCAUGGAGGCGAGUCAGCAGCAGAAUAUGUGAAAUCCCGCUUACCUGAAGUCUUAAAACAGCACCUUCAAGACUACGAAAAGGACAAAGAGAAUAGUGUUUUGUCUUACCAGACCAUCCUGGAACAACAGAUUCUGUCCAUUGACCGAGAAAUGCUGGAAAAGUUGACGGUAUCUUAUGAUGAAGCAGGUACAACGUGUUUGAUUGCAUUGCUGUCAGAUAAGGAGCUCACGGUUGCCAACGUUGGGGAUUCGAGGGGCGUCUUGUGCGAUAAGGAUGGCAAUGCUAUCCCUUUGUCGCACGAUCACAAGCCCUACCAGCUCAAGGAGAGGAAGAGGAUUAAAAGAGCCGGUGGCUUCAUCAGUUUUAAUGGUUCCUGGCGUGUUCAGGGGAUCCUUGCCAUGUCCCGCUCCCUUGGAGAUUACCCGCUGAAAAAUCUGAACGUUGUCAUCCCUGACCCAGAUAUCCUAACCUUUGACCUGGACAAACUUCAGCCAGAAUUCAUGAUCUUAGCAUCUGAUGGGCUGUGGGAUGCUUUCAGCAACGAGGAGGCCGUACGGUUCAUCAAAGAACGCUUGGAUGAGCCACACUUUGGAGCCAAGAGUAUAGUCCUGCAGUCGUUUUACAGAGGCUGCCCUGACAACAUAACAGUCAUGGUGGUGAAGUUCAAGAGCAGCAGUAAAACAGAAGACCAGUAAAAAAAAAUAUAGUAAU